AUGGGUGACGGAGGAGAAGGCGAGGACGAAGUUCAGUUUUUGAGGACGGAUGACGAGGUGGUCCUGCAGUGCAGCGCCACGGUGCUCAAGGAGCAGCUCAAACUCUGUCUGGCCGCUGAGGGUUUCGGCAACCGCCUCUGUUUCCUGGAACCCACCAGCAACGCGCAGAAUGUACCCCCUGAUCUGGCCAUUUGCUGCUUCAUCCUGGAACAGUCCCUGUCAGUGCGAGCCCUGCAGGAGAUGCUGGCCAAUACUGUGGAGGCUGGUGUGGAGUCAUCCCAGGGCGGGGGACACAGGACACUCCUGUACGGCCAUGCCAUCCUGCUCCGGCACGCACACAGCCGUAUGUACCUGAGUUGCCUGACCACCUCCCGAUCCCUUACUGACAAGUUGGCCUUCGACGUGGGACUACAAGAAGAUGCAACAGGAGAGGCAUGUUGGUGGACGAUGCACCCUGCCUCCAAACAGAGGUCUGAAGGAGAGAAGGUUCGUGUUGGGGAUGACCUCAUCCUUGUCAGUGUCUCCUCCGAGCGAUACUUGCACCUGUCGACCGCGAGCGGGGAACUUCAGGUUGAUGCCUCCUUCAUGCAGACUCUGUGGAACAUGAACCCCAUCUGCUCUGGCUGUGAAGAAGGUUUUGUGACUGGAGGUCAUGUCCUCCGCCUCUUUCAUGGACACAUGGAUGAAUGUCUGACCAUUUCCCCUUCGGACAGUGAUGACCAGCGCAGACUUGUGUACUACGAGGGAGGGCCCGUGUGCACUCACGCCCGCUCCCUUUGGAGGCUGGAGCCACUGAGAAUCAGCUGGAGUGGAAGCCACCUCCGCUGGGGCCAGCCACUUCGAAUCAGGCAUGUGACAACAGGACGGUACCUUGCUCUCACCGAAGACCAAGGCCUUGUGGUGGUUGAUGCCAGCAAGGCCCACACCAAGGCCACUUCCUUUUGCUUCCGAAUCUCCAAGGAGAAGCUGGAUGUGGCCCCCAAGAGAGAUGUGGAGGGCAUGGGGCCCCCUGAGAUCAAGUAUGGAGAGUCGCUCUGCUUUGUGCAACAUGUGGCCUCAGGCCUGUGGCUCACCUAUGCUGCCCCAGACCCCAAGGCCCUGAGGCUCGGAGUGCUCAAGAAGAAGGCCAUGCUGCACCAGGAAGGUCACAUGGAUGAUGCGCUGUCACUGACCCGAUGCCAGCAGGAGGAGUCCCAGGCUGCCCGCAUGAUAUACAGCACGGCAGGCCUGUACAACCAGUUCAUAAAAGGUCUUGAUAGCUUCAGUGGGAAGCCACGAGGCUCGGGGCCACCGGCUGGGUCAGCACUGCCCAUCGAGGGCGUCAUCUUGAGCCUACAGGACCUCAUCGGCUACUUCGAGCCGCCUUCGGAGGAGCUGCAGCAUGAGGAGAAGCAGACCAAGCUCCGCAGCCUGCGCAACCGACAGAGCCUCUUCCAGGAGGAGGGGAUGCUCUCCCUGGUCCUGAAUUGCAUUGACCGCCUCAACGUCUACACCACUGCUGCCCACUUUGCCGAAUUUGCGGGGGAGGAGGCAGCUGAAUCUUGGAAAGAGAUUGUGAACCUGCUCUAUGAACUCCUAGCCUCUCUGAUCCGUGGCAAUCGCACCAACUGUGCCCUCUUCUCCACAAACUUGGAUUGGCUGGUUAGCAAGCUGGAUCGCCUGGAGGCCUCAUCUGGCAUACUGGAGGUGCUGUACUGUGUCCUGAUUGAGAGUCCCGAGGUUCUGAACAUCAUCCAGGAGAACCACAUCAAGUCCAUCAUCUCCCUCCUGGACAAACAUGGGAGGAACCACAAGGUCCUGGAUGUGCUGUGCUCACUGUGUGUGUGCAAUGGCGUGGCCGUGCGCUCCAACCAAGAUCUCAUUACUGAGAACUUGCUCCCGGGCCGAGAACUUCUCCUGCAGACAAACCUCAUCAACUAUGUCACCAGCAUCCGCCCCAACAUCUUUGUGGGCCGAGCAGAGGGCUCCACGCAGUACGGCAAAUGGUACUUUGAGGUGAUGGUGGACGAGGUGGCUCCAUUUCUGACAGCGCAGGCCACUCACCUGCGGGUGGGCUGGGCCCUCAGCGAGGGCUACAGCCCUUACCCUGGAGGCGGCGAGGGCUGGGGCGGCAAUGGGGUUGGUGAUGACCUCUAUUCCUACGGCUUUGACGGGCUGCAUCUCUGGACAGGGCAUGUGGCACGCCCCGUGACUUCUCCAGGACAGCACCUGCUGGCCCCGGAGGAUGUGGUCAGCUGCUGCCUGGACCUCAGUGUGCCGUCCAUCUCCUUCCGUAUCAAUGGCUGCCCCGUGCAGGGCGUCUUCGAAUCCUUCAACCUGGACGGGCUGUUCUUCCCUGUCGUGAGCUUCUCAGCUGGCAUCAAAGUGCGAUUCCUCCUUGGUGGCCGCCAUGGUGAGUUCAAGUUCCUGCCCCCACCCGGCUAUGCUCCAUGCCAUGAAGCUGUGCUCCCUCGGGAGCGACUCCAUCUCCAACCCAUCAAAGAGUACCGUCGGGAAGGACCCCGGGGACCCCACCUGGUGGGCCCCAGUCGCUGCCUCUCACACUUGGACUUUGUGCCCUGCCCUGUGGACACCAUCCAGAUCGUCUUGCCUCCUCACCUGGAGCGGAUUCGGGAGAAGCUGGCGGAGAACAUUCAUGAACUCUGGGCACUGACCCGCAUUGAACAGGGAUGGACCUAUGGUCCGGUUCGAGAUGACAACAAGAGGCUGCAUCCAUGCCUUGUGGAUUUCCACAGCUUACCAGAACCCGAGCGGAAUUACAACUUACAGAUGUCAGGGGAGACGCUCAAGACUCUGCUGGCCCUGGGCUGCCAUGUGGGCAUGGCUGACGAGAAGGCUGAAGACAACCUGAAGAAGACAAAACUCCCCAAGACGUAUAUGAUGUGCAAUGGGUACAAACCUGCACCGCUAGACCUGAGCCACGUGAGGCUGACUCCUGCACAGACAACCCUGGUGGAUCGGCUGGCAGAGAAUGGGCACAACGUGUGGGCAAGAGACCGUGUGGCACAGGGGUGGAGCUAUAGCGCUGUGCAGGACAUCCCUGCACGCAGAAACCCGCGCCUUGUGCCCUACCGCCUGCUGGAUGAAGCCACCAAACGCAGCAAUCGGGACAGUCUCUGCCAGGCUGUGCGCACCCUGCUGGGCUAUGGCUACAACAUUGAGCCACCUGACCAGGAGUCCAGUCAGGUGGACAGCCAGUCUCGUGGGGAUCGGGCCCGCAUCUUCCGGGCAGAGAAGUCCUAUGCAGUCCAGAGCGGCCGCUGGUACUUUGAGUUUGAAGCAGUCACCACAGGAGAGAUGCGAGUGGGCUGGGCAAGGCCCGAGCUGCGACCCGACGUAGAGCUGGGAGCUGACGAUUUGGCCUAUGUCUUCAAUGGGCACCGAGGCCAGCGCUGGCAUUUGGGCAGUGAGCCAUUCGGACGCCCGUGGCAGCCAGGAGAUGUUGUUGGCUGCAUGAUUGAUCUCACGGAGAACACCAUUAUCUUCACCCUCAACGGCGAAGUCCUUAUGUCCGACUCAGGCUCAGAAACAGCCUUCCGUGACAUUGAAAUUGGAGACGGCUUCCUGCCCGUCUGCAGCUUGGGGCCUGGUCAGGUGGGCCACCUGAACCUGGGCCAGGAUGUGAGCUCCCUGCGGUUUUUUGCCAUCUGUGGCCUCCAGGAAGGCUUCGAGCCCUUUGCCAUUAACAUGCAACGCCCAGUGACCACCUGGUUUAGCAAGAGCCUUCCUCAGUUUGAGCCUGUACCCCUCGAGCACCCCCACUAUGAGAAACUCAGGGAUGAGUAA